GCUCCGGAGAGGAGAGGGGAAACUUCUGGAACGGAUGCUUGAACGGAGUCGUGAAAGCUAAGUAGGAAUUCUCCAGAAAAGGAGAAGGAAAGGGGAUUUCAGGCAGUGGGCACAGCACUGACAAGGCUCCGACACACGAUGUCCUCUGGGGACAAUGAAUGGUGGGAGCCACAGGGAAGGUUCCCUGAAAGAGGUGGGGAGAGAUGAGCCACGGGGCUAUCCAAGGACUGAAGGGGCAGGGGUGCAGAGGCUUAGAAAGGAUGACAGGAGGCUUUACAAGGUUUUACCCUGAGGGGCGAGAGGGCCUGAUUGACCACGCUGUGGCCUGGGAUUGGAAGUACAGACAAAGGAGUGGGUGAGGUAGAGUGUGCCUCGCAGGAGUGCUGGGAAUUCUUUACACGGAGGCUGACUGAGCAGGCUCGGGAGAGCAUGUUCGUUCCCCCCUGUUCCAACCUCACGGCCCCUUUAGUGCCAGAUCUCCCUGGCAAAGCCCGCAUGUUCAGAAACAGUCCACCGCCCUGCCCAGGAAAGCCCUGAUUCAUGCUCGGUGGAGAGUUGCCCUUUGGGGCCUACAGGAAAGGCCGAGAAGGCAUCUCUCUGCUGUUCAAGGAGAGAAGUCUUUUGGGUAGAAACUGACUGGGCCAUAGGAAAGGGUCCUCAAACACCACCCCCCACCCUCGAGAGGCUGAAGGCAGGUCAGGGGCUCCAGGGCAAAUGUUACUUCUUGUGCUCUUUUUUCCCCCUAAAGAAACUAAACAAAGCAAGUGCGUUUAGUGGCCCCCGCAGGAAGACCGGUCAUUUCCUGAGGAGCUAUCAGGCCAGCCCAGGCCUCAUUGUUCCCGGUUUCCAGCAAUGGCCGCCAUUCCCUGACCAGCGCCCCAGCCGGCCACUCCACAGGCGACAGGGGCAGUUGGUUCCCGGAGCUGUUUGUGUUUUGCACCGGCAGGUCUCUCAUCUGUGCAAACCGCCUUGGGCCCCCAAGGCAUGGUCCGAAAGCAGAACUAACCUCCCACGAUGCAGCCGGUGUGGCCCAGAGGGGACAAGAUGUGGCUGUGGCUCGGUGUCCUGCUGACGCUCUCACUCUGUGCCAGCGUUGAAGGUCAACAAGAGAACCCUUUCACCAUCAACAGUAUCCGCAUGGAGAGCCUGCCGGCAUGGACGGUGCCCAACGGGCAGAAUCUGACCCUCCAGUGCAUUGUGGAUAUCAGCACCACCUCGGAGGUCAGGCCGCAACACCUGGUGCGCUUCUACAAGGACGACAUCAUGAUCUACAACACCUCCUCUGCCAAAGAUACCGAGAGCUUUUUCAUCCCGCAAGCCCGCAUGUACCACUCGGGGAAGUAUAAAUGCACCGUGACCCUGAGCAACAAGGAGAAAACCACAAAGGAAUACGGGGUGCUGGUGAAAGGACUCCCAAGCCCCAAGGUGAUGCUGGACAAGAAGGAGGUGGUCGAAGGUGGGGUUGUGACGGUCAACUGUUCUGUCGAAGAGGAGAGGGCCCCAAUAAACUUCAAAAUCGAAAAAUUACUCAUGGACACCAAAACUGUCAAACAAACCAGACAGAAGAUGAGCACAAACCAGAACUUCAUGGUGAUAGAAUUCCCCAUUGAGGAGCAGGACCACAUUGUACUCUUCCGCUGCCAAGCCAUGAUCUACUCUGGGUUCCAGGUGGAAACUUCAGCGGCUACCAGGAGCGAGCUGGUCACCGUGAGGGAGUCCUUCUCCAUUCCCAAGUUCCACAUCAGUCCCGAGGGGAUGAUCACAGAGGGAGAUCAGCUCCUCAUCAAGUGCACCAUUCAGGUGACGUACCAGGCCCCGGAAUUUCCCGAGAUCAUAAUCCUCAAGGACAAGAACAUCGUGGCCCACAGCAGCCACGGCAGCGAGGCCACCUACUCGGUGAUGGCCAUGGUGGAGCACAAUGGCAACUACACCUGCAAAGUGGAAUCCAGCCGGAUAGCCAAGCUCAGCAGCAUCCUGGUCAACAUAACAGAGCUGUUUUCCAAACCGAAGCUGGAAUCUUCCACCACUCUUCUGGAUGAGGGGGAACGCCUCAGCCUGUGGUGCACCAUCCCCGGGGCUCCCCCAGGCAACUUCACCAUCCAGAAAGGAAAUGUGACCAUAGCCCAGGCUCAGAAUCUCACCCUGGUCACCUCCGAGUGGGACAGCGGGCCGUACACCUGCACUGCCACCAUUAGCAAUGUCGUCAAGAGGAGCAACGUGGUCCGGAUCACUGUGUGUGAAAUGCUCUCCCAGCCCAAGAUUUUUCACGACACCAGCCUUGAGGUGAUCAAAGGACAGACCGUGAGGAUCCACUGCCAGUCGGUGAACGGGACCGGCCCUAUUACUUACCGUCUUUUAAAAGCAAGAAAAGUCUUACAGAGCCACCAAACACACUCCAACGGCCCCGUGGUCUUCAAAGACAACCCGACGAAAGACGCCGAGUACCAGUGUAUCGCCGACAAUUGCCAUUCCCACCCCGAAAUGAUCAGCGAGGUCCUGAAGGUCAAGGUGGUGGCCCCAGUUGAUGAAGUCAAGCUGACUAUCCAGAUGAACGGGGAGGUGGAGUCUGGGCAGGACAUGGUGCUUCGAUGCCUAGUGAAUGAAGCGUCCCCUCCAAUCACGUAUAACUUUUACAAGGAGAACGAGGACAGGCCCUUCUAUUACACCACUAUCAAUAACACCCAGGCGACGUGGCACAAGCCACAGGCCAGCAAGGAGCAGGAAGGGCAGUAUUACUGCACAGCCUUCAACCGAGCCAACCGCGCCAGAAUCGUCCCCCAGAGCAACGUGCUGCCAGUCAGAGUCUUCCUUGCCCCGUGGAAGAAAGGACUCAUUGCAGUGGUAGUCAUCGGAGUGAUAAUCGCCACCUUGGUACUUGGGGCCAGAUGCUAUUUUCUGAAGAAAGCCAAGGCCAAACAGAUCCCGGUAGAGAUGUCCAGGCCGGCAGUACCACUUCUGAACUCCAAUAAUGAGAAGAUAGCAUCAGACCCCAACAUUGAAGCCAACAGUCACUAUGGUUACAACGAAGAUGUUGGAAACCAUGCAAUUAAACCAGUAAAUGAGAAUAAAGAGCUGCUGGACCUGGAUGUGGAGUACACAGAAGUGGAAGUGACCUCACCGGAACCUCACCGAGCUCUAGAAUCGAAGGGCACAGAGACGGUGUACAGUGAAAUCCGGAAAGCUGACCCUGAUUUCAUGGAAAAUAGAUACUCUAGAACGGAAAGCUCCCUUGAUGGUACAUAGGACAGGCGGGCCCAGACCACCCACGGGAGGACAUCCACAUGCCGAGAAGAGCAGGCAAUUCAUGGAUUCUAAGAGCUCUGUGCACUGGUUUAUGCACCUGCCCUACUCCCACCGAACCAAGCCACCAGCCUUUACAUCCACCCUACUGCAUCUGUGUUGGGUAUGAAGCCAUCCGAAGGGGCUGCUGACUCCCCAUCUGGACCACCUGCCACCAAGCGGAGCCUCGCUUUGCAGCCCAAGGAGGUUCAGGGUAAACAGACCGUGGGAAUGUACCUUGAAACUUGAAUAUUUUGUCUUGUGCAGAGAUAAAGACCUCUUCCAAGAGCCCCCGUCACGUCUAGCAAGUGGCCUGGUCGAGGGGCGAGCUUUUCUCUUUUCCUCUGGUCCUCUCUACCUGGGUCGGUCCGAGGUCAGGGGCCCCCGUCGGUGGCACCCUUACUCUAUGCACAGACACGUCAGGGGUCAGACAGCUGCAACUUGUUCCCGUGACAGUCUCACCCACCAGCCAUGGCAACGCCAGCCCGGAAGCACUGCCUUGGGAGCGAGGUCCGUGCCGGGCAGUGUGCAGAAGCGAGGAUGAUGUUGGGCCAAGCACAGAUGUCCCUCGGCUGCUUCUCUCUACCCUCUUCUUUCUGUCCCUCUGUCUUGCUGGGGGCUGAAAGGCAGGCUGGUAGUUGCCUCUAGCAAAACCUAUUUUUAAUAGAAAUAUGUAUUUUCCUUACUAAUCUUUUUAUUAUUAUUAUUUAUUCCUUGCUAUGGGAAUGCUCUCUCUCUUGAAGUCCUGAGAUGUUUCCUCCGGGGUGGGUGACAGCGGUGUGAGUGGGGAGAGGGGGCAGCCGCCCCUCGGCCGUGAAAUGUCGCCCAUGACCACACCUAACCAAUGCUAUGUUCCCUGCUCACCUCAGUAGCCCGGCAGCAGGGACCCUGCGGGGGCUUGUAUUAAAUAAAUCCGAUCUUUUACUCUUCCCAGGUCUCUGAACUGUCAUCUUCCGAGAGGCCUCGUACAAAUCAGAAUACCUGGGACGCUCCAGGGCACCAGCCUGGGGCCCAGAUGCCCUUUGUGCCUCAAACGCUGCUCAUUAAAAUCGGUUGUAGCCUGACA